AUGGGGUGUGUUUCAGGAGCUGAAAUCAAACAGAAUCCAAUAGUUUAAAUGAGAACAAGAAACUAGGAUCUAGUCUUCACCUCUACAGAAGAUAUUUCUAAAAUUUAUUAGUUUGGCAAAGUACUUGGAGUAGGUUCAUUUGGAAAAGUCGUUACCGCUAGAAUGAUGAAAAAUUUGGAAAAACAAUGCGCUAUCAAAAUCAUAGAAAAAGCAAAGGUCAAAGGUCGUGAAGAUAUACUGGCUAAUGAGAUUUACAUGCUCUAAAAACUAGAUCAUCCUAACAUAAUUAAAUUUCAUGAAGUUUACUAAAACAAAUAAAAUUUUUACAUCUGUAUGGAUUAUUGCAAAGGAGGAGAAUUAGUCGAAUGGAUUCCUAAAAAGUACAAAAGCUUUCAUGAACAACAUAUUCAAGAGAUAAUGAAAAAGAUUGUGUCUGCAGUUUCUUAUAUCCAUGAUCAAGGCAUAGUGCAUAGAGAUAUCAAAGCAGAAAACAUUAUGAUUACUUCCAAAAAAGAUGAUGGUGAACCUAAAUUGAUUGACUUCGGAUUGGCAAAUAAGUUUGAUACAUCUCAUCUAAAGUAUCAUUUAUAAAACAUUUAAUUAAGGCGUCUAAAAUCUUUUGCUGGAACUCCUAUGUACAUGGCGCCUGAAGUAAUAACGGGAUCUUAUGAUGAAAAAUGUGAUAUAUGGUCUUUGGGAGUUCUGCUGUUUACAUUACUUUCUGGCCAUUUGCCAUUUCAUGGAGAAACUAAGGAGGAAUUGUAUGACAAUAUAUAAAAAGCCAAUAUUUCAUAUACCUCAACCAUUUGGUCCCACAUAAGCAAUGAGGCUAAGGACAUCAUUAAAAAGAUGCUUUUCAAAUAACCUGGGUUAAGACCUAACUCUAAAGAACUUCUGAAGCAUAGUUGGUUCAAAAAAUAAUUCAAGAAUGAAGAUAAAAAUUCAUCAGCUUUAAUCAAUUCUCUCACUUCAAGCAUUACUGAAAAUAGAUCAAUUUAUUCCUUAUUAAAAUAAAAUUAAGGAGGAGCUAAAUUUAAAAAAGAAGUUAAAACUCUUUUAAUCAAUUAAUUAAGUGAGGCAGAAUUAAAUUCAUUAAAAGAAAUAUUUAAGAAAAUAGAUGUUGAUAAUUCUGGGACUAUUACUUUCUAAGAAUUGAAACAGGCCUUAUAAGCUGAAGGUUCUCCAGCAACCUUUGAAGAUAUAGAGAAAUUAAUAACUAAUGGUGGUCCUCCUAUGUCACAUGAGGAAGUUGGAAAAAAGAAAAAGGAGUUUGUCAUUAAAUAUAGUGAAUUUUUGGCUUCUUGUAUUGAUGAACGAAAGUUCAUUACUAAAGAGAAGUUAUCUUCCUUAUUUAAAAUAUUUGAUACUGAUAAUUCAAAUUUUAUUACUAAAUAAAAUAUUAAAGAAGCAUUUGCAAGAAAUGGAAAGUAAAUUUCUGAUAAACAAAUUGAUGAAAUGAUUGCUGAAAUCGACCCCAAUCAUGACAACAAAAUUAGUUUUGAAGAAUUUUGUUAGAUGUUUGACAAUGCAGGUGUAAAUAAAAACUUCACUGAGGAUGGAAGUAUGUAUGCAUGAAAUAUAAAAAUAAAAUUAUUUAUUUCCAAUUUAAGUUCAA